AUGCCCCACAUACGCUCGUACCGUAAAAUUCGAUUUCCUUGUUAUUCCCAGACUAAUAUCAAUGCUACUCUCUCGGUUGAUGGCAAAGCCAUCAUCCUUAAACUGCCAAGUGGACGGCAAAAAAUCAUGGAAAUACCCACGCCGGAACAAAUCAUAGAGGAAUGUAAAGGAACCGCUUACACGGCUUUUCGAAUUUUCCACAGAACGCUGGUUACGGGCCUAAAAGAUGAGCCUUACAGGCCAUAUGAAGUACAAAAUUUGGCGUUAAAGUCGUGGCGUUCGGUCGGCCAUGACUUGAAAACUUUAUACCAGACCCUUAAUAUGGAUACGAAAACGCUUUUAAAGUCUAAAAACUUUAUUUUGGAUCAAUGGUGCAAACGGAUUUUGCAUAAUCAAAAUCAAUCAUGCGCCGAUGAAGAAACCAGCGCCUUCGCUACGUGUUCUGAAAAUUUUUCUGAGUAUGCAUCUCUCAACGAUGCGGUCCCAGAACACAGUACAGACGCAUUAAACUUUUAUCAACAAGAUUUUGUUAACUAUCAGAAUUUUUUUUCGCCGUGGGAAUUUUCGUUACAAGAUAUGGGUAUGUAUCGGGCCGUUAAUUUUGAUGUUACCAAAUUAGAAUUACAUUUAUCAACUAAAGAUUAUAUAGAUCAAGAAGGUUCAUUUAUAUGCGCGGCAAAUCCCGCUGACAUCAACGAUACCAACGCUGUGGUAAUGCAAGAUUUUUUUAACCCAGAAGAUCCAUUAUUUGCAGAAUUUGAAUACCUUAUAAUCGCAACAGAAAAUAACUAUCUAAGUACCAAUUAUAUCAUAUAG